UUCUGUGACAAUGCGUCCCCUUACGAAAUUAAACUGAACACUAACAUAGGUCAAAGUAACAACGCAUUUUUUAUCACUCUUAAAAUCGUACACCAAUUAUUAAAUCAAAUCGAAAAAUAACGGCUUAAAACAAAUAACAAUGGCUUCAACUGUGAUUCGAGUGAAACGCCGCAUAACUGACGAGCCAUUUGAUACAUUUGUUUUGAAUUGUAAGCGAUUUAAAAGUAGUGAUGGUUCUGAAAAUAAUCAAAAUGGCGCGAAAACAGAAGGUGCAGCAGAACAAUUGGACAUCAAAAAUACAAUAUUAAAACUUGCAGCUACAGUUAGCACCGAAGAUGAUAUAAAUACACAUUUGACCAAAUUACGAAAAAGUGAGGCCGAAGAAAUUGUUCGCAAAACACGAAAACCAAAUCGUAUCAUCAAUAAACUGCGUGAACAAUUUAAAAACGAUGCACAAAAUCAUCGGUUCAAAGUGGUCAAUUGUUUUCGAUCAAUUGGAAAUGAUCCGAAUAGAACUGAGUCUACAGAUGGUGAUACAGAGCAGGAGAUAACCAUUGUUGAUGUCGUUAAAGAGGAACAACAACCACAAUCCAAAUCGGAACCAAAUGAAAUCGAACCAUCAGCGGCCACUUCGUCGACACAAAACGACAUCGAUUUCGUAUGGGAUUUGUAUUAUCUCAAAGAAAGAGUUGAACCAAUCGAAAACAAUUAUGAAACGAUCUCCAUUACACCGUUCAAUAAUUUUUACUAUCAGAACGAUGACAAUUUCAAUGACACUGAUUACGAUUCAGAUGAUUCGAAUAACGAAGCACAUUGGCGCAAUGAUUAUCCGGACACCGAUGAUGGCCUCAGUGUCGACAGUAUCGAUGAAGAGGACAUGCGACGAGCUGUAGAAGAUUUAAAUUUGAACAGCGAUGCUGAUAAUCUAUCAUCGGAUGAUGAGAAUGAAUGCAACUAUAGUGAAGAUCCAGUUGUGCAUUUCAUGAACGAGAGUGACGAAGACGAAUAUAAAUACUUCAAAAAGCAUGGACGACGAAAAAAUCAUGGUGCACUUUAUCGAACAAAUAAUCCGGCACAACGCAAUAAGAUUGAUGAAGAAGAUUCAGACAUUGAUGACGAUCGAUCCUCGGAUGAAUCUGAUAACUCAGCAUCAAGUGUAUCGCCUUUAGUAUCAUGCGAUGAAUCUGAUGAUAAUAAAUAAGAAUCGUUUUUUUAAAUUUCAAAUAGA